CACAUCGCUGUCGCCGCAGUACAUCUCUUUCCUGAUUCCCUCAAUCUCUCAAAGAGAUACUGCAAAGAUGGUGGGCUGGAAACGCAACAACUCGGCGGCCGUUGUCGAGGCCCCGUCUUCUGGCAACAACUCGGACACGGAGAAGAAUGCUCACUACCACCAUGAUUCCGCCUCGCCAGAUAUCGCGGUGGGUGAUCAAGGCCAGCUCAGCGACCCUAACGAUGCCAACCACAGCCUUCAUCGUGGUCUCCAGGCUCGUCAGGUAUCUAUGAUUGCCAUCGGUGGUGCCAUCGGAACUGGUUUGAUUAUCAACACUGGAACUGCGCUCGCGAAUACUGGUCCCGCUCCUCUUGUCAUCUCUUACAGUCUCGUUGGUGUUCUCGUCUUCGUGGUCAUGGCCUCUCUCGGUGAAAUGGCGACAUGGCUUCCCGCUGCUGGAGGUUUCGCUGUCUACGCUGAUCGUUUCGUCGACCCGGCUCUUGGCUUCUCUCUUGGAUACACAUACUGGUUCAAAUAUAUCAUCACCACGCCUAAUCAGUUAACGGCCGGGGCUCUGGUCAUUUCGUACUGGCUGCCAGCUGAUCGAGUGAAUCCGGGCGUCUGGAUCACGAUUUUUCUGGUCCUCAUCGUCACCAUCAACGUUCUCGGAAUCAAAUACUUUGGCGAGAUCGAGUUCUGGCUCUCUUCGAUCAAAGUCUUGGUUAUUCUAGGGUUGAUCCUUCUCAGUCUCAUCAUCGCUCUUGGAGGCGCGGAUGGCGAUGUCAGAGGCUUCAGAUACUGGAACAAUCCCGGAGCAUUCAACCCAUACAAAGGAAGCGGUAGCUGGGGACGUUUCCUCGCCGUCUGGCAAUCGAUGGUCACGGCUGUGUUCGCAUACUUGGGAACUGAACUCGUCGGUGUCACUGUUGGAGAAGCCCAGAAUCCUCGCAAGAAUGUCCCACGAGCCAUCAAGCUCACAUUCUACCGCAUCUGCGUGUUCUACAUAUGUUCCGUCAUCCUCCUCGGAAUGUGCGUACCGUACAACAGCGACGAGCUCGCAUUCGCCAAGAAGGCCAAACUUGGAGCCGCUGCAUCUCCCUUCGUCGCUGCUAUCAAGCUCGCCGGCAUCGAUGUCCUCCCAGGUCUCCUCAACGCUUGCAUCCUGAUUUUCGUCUUCAGCGCUGCCAACUCUGACCUCUACAUCGCAUCUCGUACACUUCAUGGCCUUGCUCUCAAAGGUCAUGCGCCCAGAUUUCUGGCCACGACAAGCAAACGCGGCGUGCCCUUCUAUGCUCUUGGACUCUCCUCCCUCAUUUGCUGCAUCGCGUACAUGAACGUCUCGACGGGAUCCCAGAUCGUCUUUGGCUACUUCGUCAACCUCGUCUCCAUUUUCGGUCUCCUCACCUGGAUCUCCAUCCUUGUCUCCCACAUCUACUUCGUCAAAGCCCGUCGCGCACAAGGCGUACCAGACAGCAGUCCGCUACUCCGGUACCGCUCGCCGUUCGGUCUGAUCGGAACUUACUGCGCGCUUGCGUUCUGCAUUCUCAUCGCUGUGACCAAGAACUUCACCGUCUUCACCCCGGGCACCUAUGGCAGCUUCGACUACAAGAACUUCAUCACUGGAUACCUUGGAAUCCCGCUGUAUUUGAUCAUGAUUGUCGGAUACAAGUAUGGUCGCAAGACACACCAAGUCAAGCCUGAGGUGGCGGACCUGUGGUCGGGCAAGGACGUCAUUGACCGCGAUGAACAGAUGUGGAUCGAGAAGGAGGCCGCGGAUCGUGCCAAUGGGCGGGACGGUAGCUGGUUUUACCGACACUCGCUCGGAUAUAUCUUCUGAGCGGUGUUUCGGCAGCGUUGGAGGACAUGGCUUUAUGUGCAUAGUCACGAGAACAAUGAUAUGAGUCUGAUCUUUAUUCGCUACUCCGUAGCAGGACUCGUGGUGUGGUGAAGCUCAUGUCUCGCUACAUACCAUUUUUCGCAAACUCCGCUGAGCAGCAAGUGGUCAGCGACAACACCAACCUGGACUCGAUGGGUAAGAGAGCUGAUAAGACAUGACUACCUGUGGUGACAGGAUCGGAUCUCCUGGUCGAGACACGCUGCCACCGUACUUUACUAAACCUGGACCCUGCCUUUCUGCCGGUGGACUGUCGCGAUGCCACGAUUUUCAAGAAUCAACAACCCACCAAUACACAUAGACGGCGACUUCCAAUCAUCAAAUCUCUCUUCCAGCGAUAACUUGCUUGUAUUGGCG